UAUAAAUAAUAAUAUUUAAUUAUUUACUUUUUACUCAUUUUGAAUUUUGAAAAGAUAUAAAUAUAUGAUAGGUUGCAUUAAAUUUGCAUCUCUAAGUUAGGUUGUAACUGCAGUCUAUUAUGCUGCACUUUCCCUGACUAGCUUAUUGUGUGUUUAAAAACUAAAAAGUAAAAAUUGGAGAUAUCAGGGCUGAAGCCUGUAGGACUCCGGCUUACAGGGCCUCGGGUGCCUUUGAUUUUGUCCAUUUGUUUUGAUAUGAUCAAUGCAUCUCACUUCUAGAAGCCUCAUUAGAUGUAUCUGUAAAAUAAAAAUGGGAUGCGCCCGUUUGCUCACGAUUGUAACUAUCGUUAUCGUGUUAAUGAUACCAAUAUCAGUUCAAAAUGAAAACAUUGAAUGCCCUCACAAAUGUGACUGUUUAGAAGAGUAUGUAUAUGUAGACUGUUCGAAAAAAAAUUUGGUGUCAGUGCCAAGAAUUCCAAAGUGGGUGGGGAAAUUAAACCUAAAUUACAAUAAAUUAACAAACGAUGUUACCAAUGUAUUUGAAGGUCUGUUAUCCUUACAAAGUUUGAAAUUGGAUGAUGAUGCAUUCACUAGCAUUCCUAUUUUUCUGCACCAGAACCAAAUAGAGGAAAUCAGCAUUAAUAGGAACAACAUAAGUGCAAUAAACAUUGGUCAUUUUCCUGCAAACAGUACUCUAAAAUCAUUAAGCAUAAACGGCAAUCACAUUAAAGUGAUAGAGGAAGGUGCUCUUAACAAUCUAACCAACUUGGUAAUAUUGAAGUUGAACAGAAAUGAAAUAGUAUCACUACCCAAUCAGCUGUUUAAGCAUCAGUCCAAUUUGAAAAUUUUAGAACUAAAUCAUAACAAAAUACAUGUGAUCACAGAUAUGCUCUUUAGAGGAUUGUCUAGUCUGACUACACUGAAAAUUAAAUAUAAUAAUAUUGAAAACAUAAUGGAUGGUGCAUUUUUUGGAUUUAAAUCUGUGAACUUGUUACAAUUAGAUCAUAAUAGAAUACAAAAUAUAUCUAAAGAUUGGAUGUAUGGCCUGGAAUCAUUGACUACUUUAUCUUUAUCAAAUAAUUUAAUAACCCAAAUUGAUUUUGGUAGUUGGGAAUUUUGCCCCAGUCUAAAGGAAUUAGACCUAUCUCACAACUAUUUAAUUGAGAUAGAAAAUCGCACAUUCCAACAUUUGACUAACUUACUCACCCUCAAUUUGAGUUACAAUAAUAUAUCUGCUAUAUUGCAGGAAGCUUUUAGUCAUAUGGUGCAGUUGCAAAUACUAUUUUUGAAUAGAAACAAAAUAUCCUGGACAGUAGAAAAUAUGACAGGACCAUUUUCAAAACUCCAGAAUCUUGUGAAAUUUAAUUUGUCAGAUAAUCACAUCAAAUCAAUAAGCUCAAGAGAUUUUGAAGGCUUAUCUAAUGUUGUUGAGUUGGAUUUAAGAUCAAACAAUAUCACAUCAAUUCAACAGCAUUCUUUCAAUUCAACAUCCAAAAUAAAAAAGCUAUAUCUGAAUUCAUCAUCCUUAAUAUGUGAUUGCAAAUUGUUAUGGUUAGUUAAAUGGAUCAGAGAUAAAGUAGAGCAAAAUUAUAUCACAGCGACAUGUGCUUACCCAGCAGAAGUAAGAGGAGUCGUAAUCUCUAGACUCAACGAAGAUAAUUGUGGGGAUUCACCUGAACCCCAAAUAACAGAACACCCCAACACUCAUCUAGCAAUAAAGAAUCGAUCUACAAAUUUAGUGUGUUCAGCCACAUCUAAACCAUUCAGUAAUAUGACAUUUUUGUGGAAAAAAAAUAGUGGUAACAUCAGCAAUCCCCAAGUAUAUGAGAAUGUUACUUUAAGAGAACACGGGAAACCUUAUGCCACUUCUGUAUUAGGCAUACCUGACGUGACAAAUUCUGAUUCCGGUAAAUAUCAAUGUGUGGUCAGCAAUAAAUUUGGCACCACAUACUCUUCCGAAGCAGUAGUUGACAUUGUCACCUUUCCACAAUUUACCCAUACUCCAAUUAAUGUAACUGUAAAAACUGGUAACACUGCAAUUCUUAAUUGUGCAGCAACUGGUGACCCUCCACCAGAAAUAUCUUGGAAAAAAGAUGGUGAGAAUGACUUCCCUGCUGCAAGAGAGAGACGCAUGAUGCCAACUUCUCAUCAUAUCUUUAUUGUUAAUGCCAAAACCACAGACAUGGGAAUUUACAGCUGCGCUGCUAAAAAUUCAGCUGGGACUAUCAUAGCCAAUGCAACUUUAUCUGUUUUACAAGAACCACCAUUUAUAAUGAUGGAGAACAAAGAAGUGACAAGUGGGGACUCUGUGGUAUUACAGUGUAUGAUAAGUGGUUCACCUAAGCCUGCGCUGAAAUGGUUUAAGAAUGGAUCACCUAUAGUACCAACUGAACGUCAUUUCUUUACUGCACAUGAUCAAGUAUUUGUUAUUAUUGGAGCAGAGUCCAGUGACGCUGGUCAUUAUGAAUGUAAAAUUACUAAUGAACUUGUCACUAAAAAGGAUAUAGAGUUAAAAGUACUCCCUCCAGUUGCAAUUACGGUCAACGAAGAAGAUAUGUUAGGUUUAUUCGAGAUGCACGGUAGUGCAACAGCCAAACAGAGAAUGGGGGACAAGCAGAUGUAGUCUUUACUCGACCCAUUUGAUGCCACCUUUGUUUACAUAAUUACUCAAAAUCUAUUCAACGUGAAAACAUAACAUUUGGUUCACUAAUGAAAUCCUGUAAGCUUAUCUAGAACACCAAAUUUCAUAACUACACCAUAAAAAGGUAGUUGAUGAGAAUGUUUAAAAAUUGUAAAAUUUAUUUUAUAUUCUAAAGGUAGAUCAAAAUGUUACCUACUUCUAGAAAACAGUUGGGUAUACAGCUAAGUAUAAGUAUUGUGUUCAUUCAUAGGGAAAAAUACGAAAACAAAGAAUUUCAAGGAGUUGAGUUUUUUUUUUAAAUUUUCGAUUUUUCGUUUAAUACAUUUUUAGGUAUAUGGUGUGCACUAGAAAUUUUUAAUAAAAAAAUCUGAAUUAUCAUAGAAAAU